CCUCCUUGUGACUCCUCGGUGACCCCGUGACCCCUUGGUGACCCCGUGAUUCCCUCGCGACCCCUGACUCCGCCCCUUGUGGCCCCACGUGACGCCAUUAAAGCUCUGCACGCGCCGGGCCGGGGUCUUCUAACCCGGGGGGGGGGCGGCUGCCAUGGCGACGGUCGCGCGCGGAGGAGGGGCGGUGAUUGGCGGGGUGCGCGUCACGUGAGCGGAAGCGGCGCGCGAUGGAGCGGAGCAUGGACGCGCGGCCGCUGUUCCAGUCGCUGCAGACUCUGGCCGAGGAGAACGUCGCCUUCUUCCAGAGCAGCGGCACAGAGAGCGGCCGCCGCUUCGCUGCCGCCUUCCAGGCGCUGCGGGAGCACGGCCGCCGCCUCGAGCCCGCCCUGCGCCAUUUUUCACGCCUCUACCACCGCUUCGACCUGGACGAGGCCACGCCGGGGAAUGGUUUCCGCAGCCUGGUGCAGACGGCACGCGCCUGCCUGGCUCAUGCCGUGCAGAAGAGCCGCUACGUGGCUGCCCAUCGCCGCAGCGUCUUCUUCCGUGCUGGGCACAACGCGGCCGAGCUGGAGGCGUACGUGGCGGCCUUAGCACAGCUCCGCGCCGUCCUGUGCCUGGCGCAGCGGCUCCUCGCCCACAGCCGCCCCGGCUGCCUCUUCCCUCCCGAGGAGGCCGGGCUGAGUGAGCUGGUACUGCGUGAGUACAGCACCAUGCACAACGGCUGCUUCUACGGGCGCUGCCUCGGCUUCCAGUUCGCGCCGUCCAUCCGCCCGUUCCUGCAGACCAUCGCCAUCGGGCUCGUCUCCUUCGGCGAAAACUACAAGCGGAAUGAGCUGGGGCUGGGGGUGGCGGCCGGUUCCCUCUUCACCAGCGGGAAAUUCGCCAUCGACCCUGAGCUGCGCGGCGCCGAGUUCGAGCGCCUCACGCAGAACCUGGACGUGCAUUUCUGGAAGAGCUUCUGGAACCUCACCGAGACCGAGCUGCUGGCGUCGGUGGCCAGCAUGACCUCCACACCGGUCGGGGUGUGCCGGGCGCUGACGGUGCCCCCCGAACCCCUGGAGCUGCCGCUGGCCACAGACCCCUCAGUCACUGUGACCAUCGCCCCCCCCGUGGCGCACACGGGGCCGGGACCCGUGCACAUGAGGCUGCUGUCACAUCACCUGCGCCAGGGGCAGGACAGCGCAGCGCUGAGCGCCUUGACGCGCUCUGAGGGCCCACGGGCUCCGCUGCGCUGGCGCCAGGGGCCCCCCCUGCCCCCUUCGCCCUCGCUGCUGGUUCAUUUCCACGGGGGGGGCUUCGUGGCACAGACAUCACGGUCGCACGAGCCCUACCUGAGGGGGUGGGCGUGCGAGCUGGGUGCCCCCAUCCUCUCCGUCGACUACGCGCUGGCCCCCGAGAGCCCCUUCCCCAGGGCGCUGGAGGAGUGCUUCUACGGGUACUGCUGGGCGCUGCGGCACUGCCACCUCCUGGGCUCAACAGCACAGCGCGUCUGCCUGGCGGGAGACAGUGCGGGGGGGAACCUGUGCCUGGCAGUGUCACUGCGGGCGGCAGCUCUGGGGGUGCGCCCCCCCCACGGCAUCGUGGCCGCCUACCCCGUCACCCUCGUGCAGGCAGCGGCGUCGCCAUCGCGGCUCCUCACCCUCCUCGACCCCCUCCUGCCCCUUGCCGUGCUCUGCAAGUGCCUCAGCGCCUACGCGGGCACGGAGGCUGAGGCUGAGGCGUCCCCCCCACCAGAGCCCCUGGGCCCCCGGCGGCUGCUGCAGCGAGAGACCGAGCGGCUGGUGGGGGGGCUGCGGCGGGGGGGGGCCUGGCUGGGGGGGCUGCUGGGCCGGGGACCCCCCUCCAGCGACAAGAGCCUGCCGGGUGGGCCGCGGGAGCCCCCCGAGGAGCCGCCUGCCCCCCCCGAGGCCCCCCCCGAGGCUGAGGGGGCCGAAGGGUACCCAGACGAGUUCUGCCCCUUGCGCAGCCGCGGCCCCCCUGCGCGCUUCUGCGCACCCCCCGCACCCCUCGCCCGCAACCCCUACGUGUCUCCCCUGCUGGCACCCGACAGCAUGCUGGGGGGGCUGCCCCCCCUGCACCUCGUGGCCUGCGCUCUGGACCCGAUGCUGGAUGACUCCGUGGCUCUGGCGCGGCGCCUGCGCGCUCUGGGCCGCCCCGUGUCGCUGUCCGUGGUGCCGGACCUGCCGCACGGCUUUCUCAGCCUCGGAGCGCUCAGCCCCGAAGCGCGCCGCGCCGCCGACCUCUGCACGCGCCGCAUCCGCGCGGUCCUAGCGCCCGACGGCCGCGGCAGCCUGGCCCCGCACGAGCUGCCCCGCAGGGGCUCCGUGUACUUGGGGGGCGGCCUGGCCCCACACGAGAGCCCCCGACGGGGGUCGGUGCUUCUGGGGAGCGGUCUGGACCCACAGGACGCCCCUCGCCGUGGGUCGAUGCUGCUGGGGACGCGAAGGGACAGCCUGGCCCCACAGGACACACCUCGCCGUGGGUCGGUGCUGGGGGGCGGCCUGGCCCCGCACGACAGCUCCCGCCGUGGGUCGGUGUUGUUGGGGGCCCGUAGGGACAGCCUGGCCCCACAGGACCUUCCCCGCCGUGGGUCGGUGUUUGCGGGGGACGGCUUGGCCCCACACGAGAGCCCUCGCCGGGGGUCGGUGUUGUUGGGGGCCCGUAGGAACAGCCUGGCCCCACAGGACGCCCCCCGCCAUGGGUCGGUGUUGGGGGGGACGCGCAGGGACAGCCUCCUGACCCACAGCACGGGGGGCAUAGAGAGGCUCGGGCCCCUGACAGCAGCGACCCACAACCUGGGGGAUGUGGGCAGCUCUGCCCUGCCCCACAGCAGCAGAGUCGGCAGUGGAGCCUCUGCCCAGACCCACAGCAGUGGGGCUGCUGUGACCCACAGCAGUGGGGCUGCUGUGACCCACAGCGAUGGCCCCGCUCUGACCCACAGCAGUGGGGCUGCCGUGACCCACAGCGAUGGCCCCGCUCUGACCCACAGCAGUGGGGCUGCUGUGACCCACAGCGAUGGCCCCGCUCUGACCCACAGCAAUGGGGCUGCUGUGACCCACGGCACCACCCUUACCGACAGUAGUGGGGCUGCAUUGACCCACAGCAACACUCUGACCCACAGCGAUGGCACCGCUCUGCCCCACAGCACCGUUGCAGCACUGCCCCACAACAAUGGGGCAUCACCACCCCAUGCCAGAGCUGUCCUGCCCCACAGCAUAAGGGCUGCCCUGCCCCAUGGCCGGCCACCGCCCCCUCGCCGCCCCAGUGGCCCCGCAGGGCGCGAAGUGGGGUCCUGAGCCCCCCACAUUUGGGGUGCCCCCCCCCAAGGCAAUCAAUGGGGGGGGGGUGUCCCAGAAUUUAAAGAUUUAAUUAGCGCUCAGCAAAAAUAAACCCGUGUUCAGUUGCAAAUUGAAGUCUGGGGGUGGAGGGGAAUGAGCCAAACUGGGCAGAAUUGGCCCCAAAACGGAUCUGGGGAGGGCGACACCAGCCAUGAGCCCCCCCCCAGAACACAG